AUGGCAUUUUGGCUGUCUGGAUUAUCGUUAAUAUGGAUUGGAGUGUGGCUGCAGACCGACUAUCAGGGGUAUUUGAAGAUCAAUCCAUCGUAUUCGGAUAUUGCCCCCAUGGUUGUUAUUAUAAUUGGCGCUAUUAUUGUGUUCGCUAGUUCACUCGCCUGUUCGUGCAUUGUGAAGAUCGAUUCAGCUAUGCUGGUGUUCUACGGCGGUUUUCUGAUAAUGGCCCUGUUUUCGUUAAUCGCUCUCUCGAUUUAUGUCCACACCUAUAAGGGCGAAUUAUUGGAAGGUGUAUCCGAUGCCAUUGCGAAGGAAAUGAAAAGCUAUAAUGAUGAACGGAAUACAACGGCCAGUAUGGACUUUAUUCAAAAGAAUUUACACUGUUGUGGUAAUGAUAGUUUUUUGGAUUGGCCAGAACCAGCCGUACCCAAUUCGUGUUACAAGCGACAUCGACUUGAAUCUUCCAAAGUGGAUGCGAGCAGACUAUUUGAGGUGGUAAGUACUCACAAUGAAAAGUACAAGUUUUGGAAGUCUGUCCAAGGUAACAUUUAA